AUGAGCGUCGACCAGUUUCAGUUCCAGAAGGAACUAUCGUUUAUUGGCCAGACGCUCUCGAAUAUAAAAAUUUCCGAACAUGAAUCUCAACUUGCAUUAGCGCAGUUCACCCCACGAAGCAGGCGGGAAUUUGGUUUCGGUGAGGUUAACACCAAUGUUGAGGCUCGACUGGCUCUUGAGCGCGUCAACUUCUCUCCGUGCGAUGUGAUAUCAGACAAGGAAAGAUGUCGUCCUAGAGCCAGUAUUAACUCGCUGGCUGGAGAUGUUUUACAAACAGGAAACAGAAAACGGCUUCCUGAUGUCGUUGUAGUCAUAUCCAGUACGAAAUAUCGGAUUCCUGAACAGCUUCCAACGGAGACGCUGUUCUCACCGCAGUCUCCUCUACAUAUUUUUUAUGUCAUGAUAGGAGGGCCAUCUCCAGACGAGUCUCGCUUUGAACCUUCAGCAACGUUUACUCGUUUGAGUGCAGUUGAUUUUACUGCAUUGGAACGCUUGGUGGUGCCGCUUUGCGAGACUGUGAAUUCAUUUGUUGGAGGUACCACUCAAAAAGCAGCUUUUGGUGCUACUUGUUGGCUUGUUACUGGCAUAUUAGCUGGAGUUCUACUACUUUGUUUGCUCGUUUUCGGCUACGCGGUAUACGCGUAUCGCCGAGAGAACGCGGACAACGCUGUUACAGGUAAAGUUCUCAGCUACAGACUGAAGGAAAUGGAAAAUAAAUUGCGCUCGCAAAAUGAAUUUUUCACAGCAAAAUUGCAUACACAAAUGGAAGAGCAGAUAAAAGCUGGUGAACGACAUGCGGAAGAAUUGAGAAAACAUAAUGAAACCAUCGAAAAUAUGCAGGUGCAUCAAAUGGAACUUCAGCGACAACAGCAACUCUCAACCGUACCCCCACCGUCAAUCCCACAACCUCAACCCAUAAUCAUUCCCUACCUCCCACCAAAUGCUGCUGUCUCUCAGCAACCGCCACAGCUCGGAAUAGCUCCGGCCGGUCAACUUACAUAUUCACAAGUCAGCAAUGAUCCACGGCUGCAAGGAAAUGUUUUAAAUGGGCAUGUCCAAGGAAGUCAACUUGCGAAGCAGGAUUCUGUUCUUACUGGUAGAGGAAGCAACGGAAAUGGAAGCAAAAGAGAAGAGGAGCUAAGGCUACGAUUGGAUAAGCUUGAAGAAUCUAUAGGCAACGCAAAGAGGCAAAAUGAGCACGGUCAUGGAGUUCAGCAAGGCUCACAACUAAAUUCUUCGUCCGUUGAACAAUCUUGGCCGAACGAUCCUCACUCGAUCACAGAAGAAGACAGCAGUGACGGAACCACGACGGAUGACUCUGGAUAUGUCGCGCAAGGAGGUAAAUUACCUUCCAACCAUCCUGCCCGACAUCUUCCUCCUGUAGAUAUUCUUCUUCUCGUGGACAGCUCAAGCAGUAUCGGGAUCUCGAACUUUGAAGCAGUGAAAGCAAAUAUUAUCAACGUCUUGGAAGAUGUCGAUAUAGGACCAGGACGUUCGCGCGUUGCUCUUGUACAGUACGCACUUCAACCAAGUGUUGUCUUCGGGUUUGACAAAUAUUACUCACUGAAAAGUGUGAAAAAGGGAGUUGAAAGGAUGUCGUACACAGGUGGAGCCACGAUGUUAUCAAAAGCGCUUUCCUUUGCUGCAGGAUUGUUAUACAAGGAGCAGAAUAUGAGAGAUGUAAAGAAAAGGAAGCAUAAGCUGAUGCCUACACCUCGUCAUGAUCGAUUACAGGUGCUUUGUCUAGUAUCUGAUGGCGCUUCUGAUGAUAAUAUUGAUAGAGCAGCGGCCUAUCUUCAUGAGAAACUGCAGAUUAAAAUCAUGGCGAUGGUCACUAGAAGUUUCCAUAAAGAUCGUUUAGUGGCCGUUACGCGUUUUGAAGGAUCGAUUUUUGUUAUGGAUCAGAAGGAAAGCAUUAGUAUUUGGUUAUGGAGACAACAGCGAAUGUGGGCAGAGAAUUAUGCGGCGUACAUCGAACGAGAGAAAUCUAUGCCGUUGAGUCUAAAACACAGUCCAAAGAAGAAUAACAGAGUGGAAGAACAACCGUCCAAAUCAGCUAAAUCCCUCUGA